AUGGCCCUCCUGAAGAUGAUGUUCCCCCUGCAGCGGCGCGUGCGUCUGGCCCAGGGCCUGUGGCUGCUCUCCUGGCUCGCCGUGCUCUCCGGCGCCAUCACCUUCUGCCUCGGCCUCUACCUGAAGACAGAGCUGCUCCGCAGGGCCGAGGUGAUGGACAACUCGGAGAUCCACAUCGUACCUAACAUCCUCAUGGUGGUGGGCCUGGCAGCCAUCGGCACCAACUGGUUCGCGGGGCGUAUCUGUCAGGACUCCCUGGACCCCGAGCGCUUCCCUCGCUGGAAGAACUUCCUGAUGGCGUGGUUCGCGUUGGCCGUGCUUCUGUGCUCCCUGCUCGUCUCCGCCAUGGCUCUCAGCUACGCGCUGCAGGGUCACCUGGAGGAGUCUCUCAAGGUGGGCCUGAGGAACGGGAUCCGGUUCUACAGGGACACCGACGUUCCGGGCCGCUGCUUCCAAAAAGAGACCAUCGACCGGCUGCAGAUCGAGCAUCGUUGCUGUGGCAACAACAACUACAGGGACUGGUUUGAGGUUCAGUGGAUCAGCAACCGGUACCUGGACUUCACCCACAAGGAGGUCAAGGAUCGUAUCCGGAGCAACGUUGACGGCCGCUACCUGGUGGACGGCGUCCCCUUCAGCUGCUGUAACCCCGGCUCCCCGCGACCCUGCCUGCAGUACCACCUGCUGGACAACAACGCCCACUAUAACUACGAACACCAAUCAGAAGAGCUCAACCUCUACGGCCGGGGCUGUCGGCAGGCUCUGGUCUCCUACUACAUGGAGAUGUUGAACACCAUUGGUCCCGGUGUGCUGUCCAUCAUGUUCAUACAGGUGUCGGUGAUCGCCAGCAUGCGGUACCUCCAGACGGCAGUGGAGGGGGCCAUGGCGCUGGAGAACCCAGAGGAGGAGAGCGAGGGCUACCUGCUGGAGAAGGGCCUGAAGGACUCCCUGGUGGACCUGCGGGCGGCCGUGCUCGGCCUGCUGAAGAUCGGCCCCGUGGGGCCCGACGCCGAGGGGGGGGGCGCCGACGAGGAGGCGGGCGAGAAGCCUGCCAACUGA